AUGGCUGUACCAUUUUCAUAUAUUAUUCUCAGCAGCGUUGUUUUCUUGGCUUUGCAACAUGUUGCUACUGGUCUCAGGUGUUAUUCAUGUGAUCCAUGUGAUGCUGUCAAUAAUAACACGUUAAUAACUAGCUCCAACGGUGCAGGAUAUUCAUGUUGGAAAACUAUUACGUUGGCAGCUAGUGUUGUGACUCACACAAGACGUGGUAUUCUCGCUAACUGCAAAGAGGAAAAUAGCGUCUUUGCUGGAACUGUCUUGCAGCAUGCUGCUAUUGGGCUUGUGUGUUAUUCGUGUGAUGGAUGUGAUAAUGUCAAUAAUAGCACGACAAUAGCAACUGGAAUCGAAACUUUAGGGUAUUCAUGUUGGAAAACUAUUACGUUGGCUGUGCCUCUUGUAACUUACGCACAACGUGGUAUUAUAAGUAACUACCAAGAGCAAAAUAGCGUCAUUGCUGGAGCUGGUGUGCGAACCGCUUGUUGUUCAACAGACAGAUGUAAUUCAGGUAUUCCUCUACCGAGCUCGACCGGAUUGGUAUUGUUUCUAAUCAAUCAUGUCUGGUAG